UAAUUUUGGCUUCUCUGAUAUUAAACUUGUGUUCACAUUAUUUUGUAGAAAGUGCACCUUUGCAAUCAUCUUCUCAUGAGUAUCUUGACUUGGUUGUUUUUUGGUUAGAGAGCUGGUAUGACUGUCCAGGCAGAAAAGUUAAAUUUCCUUUCACAUUUUCGAGUGGUUCAUCGAGGUGCCUCAUUUGCUGGUCUUCGUACUACCAGUGCAUAACCUCAUACUAUGAUUCGGAGGGCAAUGUUAAAGACUUCUUCAAAAUGCGGAUAUCCAUAUUGAGUGUGCUGAUUGCAAUUGGAAUGACACCAGCAUCACCAAAGCUUGUGCAAGCUGGUCCUCCUGAAUUGCUGUCUGUUCUACUGGAUGGUCGUAUUGCUGGCUAUAUGCCAUCGGAUUUAAUUGAAAAAGCUGUUACCCACUUGCGGAGAUUGAAAUUGUCAUCAACAUCAUCGAUUCCAGUUGAUUUGGAGGUUGGGUACAUCCCUUUGAGCAUGAAUGGAGCAUAUCCAGGCCUAUAUCUGUUCACAUCUCCUUCUAGGUUUGUUCGUCCUGUAAGAAUUAUCUCUGCACCUGCUGAAGAGGGCAAUGAUCUUGAACUCAUUGGACCCUUUGAACAGGUGUAUAUGGAGAUAAGCUGUCCGGAUGGUGGAGAUGGAGGAAGAUGGGUAAACAAACAAUGGGUUUCUCCUCACAAGCAUUAAAUUGUCGUGCUGAUCAAAAGUUAUAUCACCUUCAGACUCCUCAAACUCUAAUUGUACGCACAAAAGCUUAUGAGAAGUACUGUGUUGAUGACUAUCCAUUAGAAACAAAUGCAAUUGUGGCAUUU